GCUGCAAUUGUAUGCGCUGUCAGGAUGCUGAGUCAAAGCCUGCUGAAAGAGCUCUAUACGACCGCGACUGCUUUUCCGACUUCAACUUCCUACAGCUCUUCGCGCCCUGCGCUCGUGCCUUGCGCCCACUGUUUCAUCAAACGCCAACACAUGUUAAAUUAAUGCAUACAAAGUGCUGCUGCCAAAACGCGAACGUCGACUCGCAUUCUUGACCAUCUCUCUAGUGUCCCAAGAAUGCCUCCGCUUACAAGGGAGCCACGCUUUGAGCUCUAGACACAAGGCUCAGCCCUAUACCAGGCAUGGCAGACCUUGCGAGCAUGCUGCCGGGGCCGGGGCCUCGUACCGGUUUUGGGGACGGGGCUGCCCAACCACCUCAACAGCCAGCGCCGUCCGGGUUGCAGGAGAUGCCAUCCAUCGGCCAGGCAAUCGCGGGCGCCCAGGCCGCAUCAGAAGCAGACAGGCGGCGAGAGCGUCGGCGACUGGCGCAGCUAAGCCCCGGCGAGGGACGCAACUCACGCACUGCCGGGGCUGGGGAGGGCGACGCCAUGACCAGCCCCACACGGGCCACUAGCAACAGCCGGCUGCCCUCUGCCGGCGGCGUCGACCCAGACGUAGACAUGACCAGGUAUGGACUAGCCGCGGAGGACUCGCCGAUGCCUCGGGGGCGGCGGCGCAUGUCGGCAGCAGGCCAGAGCCCUGAGCCACGUGCCGGCGGCGCCACGCCCUCAGACGGCGGCUCCGAGCUAGGCAGCCCCGCACGCCGAGUCGGCUCGCGCACUGACCUGCGCUCCUCCUACGACUCGCUGGACUCGUUCUCGGCGGCGGGGGGCCAGGGCCGCAGCAGCAGGCGCGGCAGCGGCUUCAAGAAGAGGGGCUCCAAGGGCGGCGCGGGCCCCGCUAAGCAGCAGCAACAACAGGUGCAGGUGGCGGACCUGCACUUCGUCGGCGAGAUCGUGGGCGGCUCGGGCUUCAGCGCCGCCACGCCCAUGCUGUUCUGCCGCUGGCAGCUGCUGUACGAGCCCAGCAAGGGCUGGCAGGUGGCGCGCGGCCUGCAGCAGGGCGCCACUCACGCCUGCUGCAGCGACGUGCCGGAGGAGGACCUGGUGCUGUGGGAGCACCCGCUGGACGUGCACCUGCGCACACACAGCCUGCAGGGCUGGCCGGCGCUGCUGCUGAUGGUGUAUGCCCGCGACGAGUCCGCCGGACGCGACAGCUUUGUGUCUUACGCGCUGGUGAACCUGCCCACGCAGCCAGGCACACACCACCUGUCCUGCCACACCUGGUUCGCGGUGGAGAGCAACAGGGCGCUGGGGCGCAGCUUCUUCGGCUGGCACACGGGCCUCAUCCCGCGGCUGGAGGACGAGACCUUCAUCACCGACCUGCGCAAGCGGGAGGACGCCGGCCCCUUCAUCUGCACCGUGGGCGCGGGCAGCGUGCACCUACGCAUCAGCCUGCUCACACGGAACCUGGAGAACGUGACGCACCAGGGCGGCGAGAGCCUGGCCGCGGCCCUGGAGCGUCUCACCACCAACAUCCUGCGACAGUCCACACAGCUUGCAAACAAGGCGGCAGCGUUGGAGGAGCACCGGCGCGCCCAGGAGACGAUGACAGAGGGCCAGAAGCUGGUGCGGGCGGGGCGGGAGGAGCGCUUCUCCGCGGCACGUGCCGCCAUCGACACCAAGCGGCAGGCUGGCGGCACGCCCAGUCCCCUGCCCUCGGAGUCAAGCAGGACCAGCAUGUUCGACAAGGCGGGCGGCGGGCGGGGCUCCUUCCGCGGCUUCGCCGCCGCGCAGCCGUCGCCGUCCCCGCGCGGGGACGACCUGCGCUCAGAGGCGUCCUUCGGCAGCCGCGCCGGCGGCGCCACACCCCCCCGCGACCGCUACGCGGACCGCCUCGCUCGGCGCAAGGCCGCCAAGGAGGCGCCCACGGCGUCGUCUCAAGAGGGGACGCCGUCAGUAGGAGGCGCGGACACGAGCGCCGGAGGCGCAGACGCGGGCUCCCGGCCGCUCUCUCGCGCCCCCUCCACCUCCGGUGGCACCACGGCCGCGCUGGCGCGCGCAGCCUCACGGCGAGCCGCCUCACAGUCCGGAGCCGCCGGCGACCCCGCGGGCGGUGCGGGUGCAGGGCCGGGCGCGGGCGGGCGGCGGCCCACGGAGGACGAUGGGCUCGAGGAGAUUGGCGAAGACGAGCCGGCGGCGGGUGGCGCGGGACGUGCGAGCGAGGAUGGUGGCGGCGGGCGGGCGGCGGCGCGGGCGGCCCGGCGGGCCCAGCAGAAGCUGGCGUUUUGAGGGAGAGGGGUUGAGGACGGCACUUCCUGGCGACGUGACGGGGACUACUGAUGACUGAUCUGACGUUGUAACCAUUAUUAGAUCGUUACGCGACGAACCAGCGUUCGUCUUGCAGCGGGGGCUGCUGCCUGCUGCGCCUGGCAGGACAGCACAUUGUGGCGUGUGUGCGGUGUACGGCGGUGCCGACGGCCUGGCGCGGUGGCGCCCGUGGCAGUCGGAUUGGAUGAAGUGAUGGUGGUGUGCUACGUGACACAGGCCGGGGUUUCACCACGGUCCAGUAGACCCGCACGAUGCUGUGUACUGCAACGCAGUACCGUAUGUAUGCAGCUCGGGCCUCCUCGCCGCUUUGCCCGCACGUGCUCGCAUGGGCUACGGUAUUCCGGUGUCGCACGAGAUCCCUUCGAUGCCGCCGCCACCCGCCGCUGGACGCGCAGCCUGCCAACGCCCUCAGCGGCAAGUGUAACCGGUGCAGCCUGGCUCCCUCAAGCAUCAGGAUCGUGCAGUGGCCCCAACGCGCGGCAUGGCAGGUGGCCAGGUCACAGCGCCAAGAGGUCUGUGCCGCUCACAGGAAGCCAGCCCUGCCAGCCCUGUCCUCAGCACCUGACCUUGAACUGUCCUGGCCCAACCGGCCAUCAAGCCAUGUAUCAGGGCAGCAUCAGAAGGAGUUACGAAGUAUCACAAGUAUCAUCAAGCAUGCCGCUAGCACGAGGCGCCGAAGCCAUGGCUGACACCCACCUGGAGCAGGAAGGAAGCCCGGAACCAGGGAUUGCAUCUUCGGGGAAAAAUUGCCCCAAAUGUAGGCCCUUAGGCGAGAAAGAUU